GCGGGGGCGGGCACCGGCGCCUUCCUGCUCUACCCUUGUAUGGUGACCGGAGGGGCCAGCCCUCGAGUACUUAAGCUCGGGCGCCACGAAGAGCGCCCAGAGCCCUCAUCUCCCGCCACCCAGACGCCGCGCCGCCAGAGCCGAGGGACAAGGACCGCGGGAAGCAGGAGGCUUUGCGAUGCCGAUCGCCAUGGGGCUGGAGGCGGCGUGCGAGCUAGAGUGCGCGGCGCUAGGCGCGCUGCUGCGGGAGCCGCGGGAAGCCGAGCGCACACUGCUGCUCGACUGCCGCCCGUUCCUGGCCUUCUGCCGGAGCCACGUGCGCGCCGCUCGCCCUGUGCCCUGGAACGCGCUGCUGCGGCGCCGUGCGCGCGGCACCCCCGCCGCCGCCCUCGCCUGCCUGCUGCCCGACCGCGCGCUCCGGGCCCGCCUGGGCCGCGGGGAGCUGGCCCGCGCCGUGGUGCUGGACGAAAGCAGCGCGUCUGUGGCCGAGCUCCCGCCCGACGGCCCCGCACACCUGCUGCUAGCCGCAUUGCAGCACGAGAUGCGCACGGAACCCACGACCGUGUGCUUCUUGCGAGGCGGUUUCGAAAGCUUCCAGGCAUACUGUCCGGAUCUGUGCUCUGAAGCUCCUGCCCAGGCCCUGCCUCCUGCUGGGGCCGAUAAUAACAGCUCUGACCCGAGGGUUCCCAUCUAUGACCAGGGUGGUCCUGUGGAAAUCUUGCCCUACCUGUACUUGGGCAGCUGCAACCACUCCUCAGAUCUUCAGGGGCUGCAGGCCUGCGGCAUCACAGCCGUUCUCAAUGUCUCCGCCAGCUGUCCCAACCACUUUGAGGGACUUUUCCGUUACAAGAGCAUUCCAGUAGAAGAUAACCAGAUGGUGGAGAUCAGUGCUUGGUUCCAGGAGGCUAUCGGCUUCAUAGACUCGGUGAAGAACAGUGGGGGCCGGGUGCUGGUGCACUGCCAAGCUGGCAUCUCUCGCUCAGCCACCAUCUGCCUGGCAUACCUGAUUCAGAGCCACCGGGUACGGCUGGAUGAGGCCUUUGACUUUGUUAAGCAACGUCGGGGAGUCAUCUCCCCCAACUUCAGUUUCAUGGGGCAGCUGCUGCAGCUAGAGACCCAGGUGCUGUGUCACUGAGGCAAGACCCAGCCUGGCCCCACCCCACAGCUCUGGCUUUCACCGACUCCUGGGGGAAGCUGCUGUGGACAGCUGGGCUCCUCUCUGGCCCAGCUUCUCUCCCCCUCACCUUGUCGUCAAACUGGGGUGCUAGGAAAUCCAGGAUGACUGCUAUUCUGAUAUGGUGCUCUUCUGAGGGGGCGUAAGGGCUGGCCCUUAUUUGCUCUCCCUCCUUCGACUUGCAGAAAUUAAUUGGACUCUAAACCCAUAUAUUGCCGUCCCACUAUAUUAAAGCCCUUGGUAACCCAAGGGCCCAGAAAACAAGCUGUGACAAGCAGAAACUGUGUCUAGGGGUGUGCAGCCCUUGACCCAAAGCUUAAGCCCUGUGCUCCCAGGGGAGCCAGGAAGUGAUGUGUGUGUCAUAUUACUGACAUCUUACGUUUGUGUGUGAGUGUGUGGGCAUCUCGCUGUAACUGGUGCUGAAAAGUUAUUUGUGUUCAACUGACAUUUAACGCUCCCUCCCUGACUUCCUCCCACCCCUGUGGGCCAGGGAGGGGCCGUUGGAAACAGCACUUUAUAUUUAUAUAGAAUAUUGAGGUUUUGUCAAUAAAAACAAGUGUUUUGUUUAAAAAAGAACAACAU